GGAUCAAACCUACAAACCCUUUUGCCUGAUUUUUCUUUUGGAUUCCCCUUCCCCUCAAUUCCGUUAAUGGAAACAUGAAAAUUUUGAUGUGUAAUGCUAGGUUAAUUUGUUGUCAUUGUUGUGUUAAUUGUUGAGGUAAAAAUCAUGUGGUUAGGCUAACGGGGUGCAGGUAAACUACCCCUUUUGUUUCCUUUAAUCAGGCUCGCUCACAAGGUGUUUGUAAAAAUGCCUCAACAAGUUUAAUACCUGGAUUGGAAAUUUGAUCUUAAAUUUUUAAUUGAUAAAUGAUAACUAUAAGUAUAGUUGUAUUCAUUUCAUUCACAAAUACCAAAUUUUUUUAAAAAUAUCAUUAUUUAUUUAUCUCUUCCCACUCUUUUCUCACAUCUUUCUUGCUUUCUCAUCCUCAUUCAAGUAAGAUUUCAUUCUCUGACUGAUUAUGAUAUCUUCAAUUUCGUCUGUGUUCUCUUUAAGUUUCCCAGUAAUGGCUUCGUUUUUAUUUUCUCCAAUGUCAAAACUCCCAAGCUCGACUUUUCAAAACUACUACCAUCUUGCUUCUUAUUUGUAUUGAAUUUAGUUUUUUUUUAAUCUGUCAUCAAAACCAGAAAGAAGAAUUUGCACAUGCCUCUGGACUCUUGCAUUCUGAUUAAGUAUUCUUCUCUGCUUCCAAUGGCCCUGUCUUUGUUUGUCAAAACCACCAACUCCAAUGCCCAUUACCACAUUCAUCUUCUUGCCUUUCUUGUGCACCCUUUUGACGAUGUUGGUGCUGGCUGCAAAAUAUCACCUACUUCUUUCAAGGAGGCAACAAAUUCAGAAGGAAAAACCUUCAAGCACUAGAGUCCCAUAAGACCAGAGCGAACAACAGCAACAUCAAAAGGGGUGCACAAGACAAAAAGAAGACGAGUGGAAUCAAUUCAUUGGAGUUGGUAGUUUUAAUGCACAAAGUGCCAAUGGAUGGAAAGAAGAAUAAUUAGUCAGAAUGCAAGAGUCACAAGGCAUUUGAAAAGAAGAAAAAUCUUUCAAAUUGUGUAUGUUGAUGUAUGCUUUUAGUCUUGUCCAUUUGAAGCGUUGGUUCAUUUAUUUCUAGAAUAUUGUUUUGACCUUGGCUUCUACCUUCUAGCACAAAGUCCAGUAGUUUUAUUCUCUUGGUGCUAGUUGAACUCAUAUUUGCUAUGACUAGCACUGUCGUACAAUGAUAGUACAACACUUAUAGAUUCAUGGUUAAAUCCUCUCUUGAAUCAUUAGGGGUAAAAUGGUUCUUGAAAACAUUAGAAUCUUGCCAUUUACAUCUUCUCACUGUUUGUGAAAAGCAAGCAAGUCAAUCUUGAAAGUAGUUUUUGUCUUUUUGAAGUGCCUUACUAUUUUAAUCUUUUCUCUUUAUGUUAACUUGGCGAUCUUUUGCUCCAUGUAAUAUAUUUAUCAUCUUAAUCUUGUUUAUCCUGAUCUAAGAAGAAAGAACAUGAUGGUUCAGUUCUUUGCCUCUGUGAUUUUGGUGUUUGAAGUACUAACAAGUAAAUUUAACUUGUUUUCCAGUUGCUUAUGGCUCACAAAUGUUUUUGUUUAAAUUUUUUGAAAAUUAUAUUCAAAAUAACUUUAGUUGUGUUCCGCCACACACACACACAUUUUAAAAUAGUGGGCUGGGCUGGCCCUAACCCGCAUGUCAAGUGGGCAUUUUGACUCGAGGGUUUUUGAAUUUAUGGUCUUUUAGUGCUAGCCCGUGUGGUCUAGGGUGUGCUGGCCCAUUUUCCCUUUUACUGUUUUUAUCAUUUGAAAGAUAACUGAGAACACAAUACCUCCAGAAGCUUAUCAACCACAAAAGCAUUAACCAACAAAAAUGAGCAAUUCCUCUGCCGGAACCUCAUCAAAACCAAGAGCAUCUUCCUCCCAACCAUCAGAAACUUCAUUGAAGCGCAAAAGAGGAGUUUUCCAAAAAGAAUUGAAGCACAUGAUGUAUGGAUUUGGAGAUGAUCCCAAUCCACUUCCUGAAAGUGUGGCUCUUAUUGAGGACAUCGUUGUAGAAUAUGUCACAGAACUGGUACAUAAAGCACAAGAUAUUGGAUCAAAGAGGGGGAAGCUAUCAGUUGAGGAUUUCCUCUAUCUGAUUCGCAAGGAUAUGCUAAAACUCAACCGUUGUUCAGAACUGCUGUCUGUUAAUGAUUUGCUGAAACAAGCAAGAAAACUUUUUGAAUUAGAUGAUGAGCAACUGAGGAAGGUUGGUGAGCCGGAUGAAUCAGCAGAAGGAUGAAUGAAUGGUUAAGAUAGUUGACCUGUGCCAAAGCCAAUGCUGCAUUUUUUAGAUUGUUACUGACAUGUUCUGUUAGGGGCUUAGAUUAGUAGAAUUAGUUAAUAGAAAUUAGUUAGUUGGUUACAAGGUAGUUAGGACUAUUGUGUAUAAAUAGAGAGUUGUGUGGUUAGUUUUGGAUAUCUUUUAAUUUUGUAAUCAAUUGUUGAAUAGAGUAUAAUCUCUAUUUUGAAGGGGAAUCUUUGAAGCAAAGAUUUCUCUCAUAGUUCUUAAUAAAAAUGUUAUUUCUUUAGAAUCUAA